GUUUUUUUUCUUUUCAUUUUCGUUCUUUGUUCUUUUGAAUUUUAUUCUGUUCCCGGCAUUUGAGGAAAGUACACGCUUCGCUGUCGUUGUAUACAGUCAAGAAAAUUUUAACUAGAAAAAUUAAUUCCAGUUAAUUUAUCCGUUAUCAUCGAGAAGUUUCUACAAUCAAUUGUUUCUCUGACCACAUUAAAGAUGCCGCAACUCCAGAAGCCAGCCCCUGUAUUUUCCGGAACUGCUGUUGUCAAUGGACAGUUCAAGGAGAUUUCUUUGAAAGACUACAAGGGAAAAUACGUGGUCCUAUUCUUCUACCCAUUGGAUUUCACCUUUGUCUGUCCCACCGAGAUUAUCGCCUUCUCAGACCGUGCAAAGGAAUUCCGUAACAUUGGAUGUGAGGUCAUUGGCUGCUCGACAGAUUCACACUUCACCCAUUUGGCAUGGAUCAACACAUCGCGCAAACAGGGUGGACUUGGUCAAUUGGACAUUCCAUUGCUUGCCGACAAGUCAAUGAAGGUUGCACGUGACUUUGGUGUAUUGGACGAAGAAAGCGGUGUUCCCUUCCGUGGAUUAUUCAUCAUCGAUGGAAAGCAAAACUUGCGUCAAAUUACCGUAAAUGACUUGCCUGUCGGCCGCAGCGUGGAUGAAACCCUUCGUCUGGUACAGGCCUUCCAAUUCACUGAUGAGCAUGGUGAAGUUUGUCCAGCCAACUGGAAGCCAGGCAGCAAGUCAAUGGUUGCCGAUCCAAAGAAAUCCCAGGAAUACUUCUCUGCCGUGAACUAAGGAGUUGGGAUUUGAUUAAUUUCUUUCCUUAAAAAAUAUCACAUUUUUUUGUACUUGCAAAUGGAGGAAAACAAAGUUGCAUUUUUUGUGUUUUAUUUUUGUUUGUUUUAUAAAUAAAAGUCGAUCCAGUGGAUUUAAAACAAUGUUUUAGAAAAUAA